AUGCUGCUCACUCUCAGUUUGGUUUUACUGCUGUUUUAUUUUAUUACUAAAAAGGGAGGAGGAAAGUCAGUACCCAAUGCUUGGCAAUCCUUGGUAGAGCUUAUUUAUGAUUUCGUUCUUAACCUGGUAAAUGAACAAAUAGGUGGAAAUGUUAAACAAGUCUUUUUCCCUUGCAUCUUUGUCAUUUUUACUUUCUUGUUAUUUUGUAAUCUGCAGGGUAUGAUACCUUAUAGCUUUACAGUUACAAGUCAUUUUCUCAUUACUUUGGGUCUCUCAUUUUCCAUUUUUAUUGGUAUAACAAUAGUGGGAUUUCAAAGAAAUGGGCUUCAUUAUUUAAGUAUAUUAUUACCCGCAGGAGUACCACUGCCGUUAGCACCUUUUUUAGUACUCCUUGAGCUAAUCUCUUAUAGUUUUCGCGCAUUAAGCUUAGGAAUACGUUUAUUUGCUAAUAUGAUGGCAGGUCAUAGUUUAGUCAAGAUUUUAAGUGGAUUCGCAUGGACUAUGCUAUGUAUGAAUGAUCUUUUAUAUUUCAUAGGAGGGCUUGGUCCUAUAUUAAUAGUAAUUGCAUUAACAGGUCUGGAAUUAGGUGUAGCUAUAUUACAAGCUCAUGUUUCUACGAUCUUAAUCUGUAUUUACUUGAAUGAUGCUAUAAAUCUACAUCAAACUUGA